AUGAUCAUCAACAUCGAAUACCACGAUGAACGAGUAGUUAGAAAAUUACUGAACCAGUUGGAUUCUGCUCAAAUUGGGGAUGUUCAGUUCAGAGUAUACACGUCAACCGUGAAUAAUCCAUUUGAUUGCACUUGUUAUAAGCCUAUUUAUUCUUAUAUUCGACGAGAAGAGCAGCAGCAGGAACAGGAUCACAACGCGCACUUAUCGAGUACCACGACUGUCAAUCUCCCAAUUCAUUCAUUCGCACCUAAUGUAGUUGAUAGGUUAGACCAUUCUUAUUUCGCUUUCGGACUGUUUGGCAAUAUCGCAACUGCUGAAAAAACCUCUCCUUCAUCUGUUUCAUCGUCCUUAUCGUCAGAAAAGCAGUUGUCAAUAAGCAGCAGCAAAAUCAACAGUGCUUUCCUUUCAGUGCAGCGGACCAAUGAUACUUUGUCUGAUGAAGAUGAGGAAGAUGAUAAAAUAUCUCAGAAUAAUACUGAUACAGCCAGUACACAUACAGCUCACUCAAACGAUACUGGUAGUGACAGUAGUGGAAGUUCUCUCCUCAGAAGUAGCAGUAGUUAUAGCCAGACAGCCAUAAGAACCUUACCAGAUACGACUCCAUCAGCAGCAGAAGAGGUCAAAAAUAUAUCGUCUUCGCAAUUAACCUCAUCAAUGGACACUGUGGAGCGUGAAGUUGAAAAACUCUCUAUCAAUUCGGUACCAAGCGACAGUAUCGGUGCAAAAGCCAAUAAAGCUAAAAUGUCAACAACCUCAAUGCUCAUGAUGAACAAUAUGAAUGAUGUGGACCUCGAAAAAAUUAUAAAAUCAAAAGACAAGAGAACAACGUUCAUGAUCAGAAAUAUACCAAACAAGUACACGCAACAAAUGUUGAUAGAUUGUAUUGAUUCCACUCAUGCCGGAACGUAUGAUUUCUUGUAUCUUCGUAUUGAUUUUCAGAAUAAAUGCAACGUCGGCUAUGCAUUUAUAAACUUUAUCGAUCCGAAGUCUGUCGUUUCCUUUGCAAAAGAGAGAGUAGGAAAACGAUGGAAACGUUUCAACUCUGAAAAAAGAUGUGCUUUAUCUUACGCUAAUAUUCAAGGAAAGGAAGCAUUGAUACGCAAAUUCAAAAACUCUCACGUCAUGACUGAAGAUGUUGCUUACCGCCCAAAACUCUUCCACUCUUUUGGUCCCUACAAAGGACAGGAACAAGACUGGUCAGUUGCAUCUUCUUCUUCAGCAAUUAUAGCUGAAGAUACAGGAGCAAUGGGUAAUAUCACUGCUGCGACGCCAAGCGGAAGUGUUGAAAGCGGAGGUUCUUCUUCAAAGCGUGAACAGUAUUAUGCGAGAAGAAGGUAUUCUUCUUAUUAA